CUUCCUGGCUGGGAAGGAGCUGCAGAAACGGCCGGAGGACUGGCCCCUUCAGGAGCCGGGACUGAGCUGAGGGGGUCCCGGGCGAGGGGGCGUCACCAUGGGGAGCCCCCAGAGCAGCGCCCCUCUGGAGGCCCUGAGCCCUCGGCCCCGGGCGCGCUAAGGUCACGGGUGGGAGCUGCGCGCGGGAGGCUGCCGGACCGCACCCUGCACCAUGGCGCUGCUGAAAGUCAGCUUUGACCAGAAGAGGCGGGUCAAGUUGGCCCAGGGGCUCUGGCUCCUGAACUGGCUCGCGGUGCUGGCCGGCACCGUGGUCUUCGGCCUGGGGCUCUUCCUGAAGGUCGAGCUCCGGAAGAGGAGUGAUGUGAUGGGCAACUCGGAGAGCCACCUGGUGCCCAACUCCUUGAUCGGGGUGGGGGUGCUGUCCUGUGCCGUCCACGCUCUGGCCGGCAAGGUCUGCUACGACGCCCUGGACCCGGCCAAGUACGCCAAGUGGAAGCCCUGGCUGAGGCCGUACCUGGCCGCCUGCGUCCUCCUCCAGGCGGCCCUCCUGCUGGCGGCGCUCUGCUGCCUCCUCCUGCGCGGCUCCCUGGAGAGCGCGCUGGCCCUGGGGCUCCGGCAGGGCCUGCGGUUCUACCGCGACACGGACACGCCCGGCCGCUGCUACAUGAAGAAGACCAUCGACCUGCUGCAGAUCGAGUUCAGAUGCUGCGGCAACAACGGCUUCCGGGACUGGUUUGAGAUUCAGUGGAUCAGCAACCGCUACCUGGACUUUUCCUCCAAGGAAGUCAAAGACCGCAUCAAGAGCAACGUGGAUGGGAGGUACCUGGUGGACGGUGUCCCCUUUAGCUGCUGCAACCCCAACUCGCCACGGCCCUGCAUCCAGUACCAGCUCACCAACAACUCGGCGCACUACAGCUACGACCACCAGACGGAGGAGCUCAACCUGUGGGUGCGAGGCUGCAGGGCCGCCCUGCUGAGCUACUACAGCAGCCUCAUGAACUCCAUGGGUGCCGUCACGCUCCUCGUCUGGCUCUUUGACGUGACCGCCACGACUGGGCUGCGCUACCUGCACACGGCACUGGAAAGUGUGUCCAAUCCCGAAGACCCCGAGUGCGAGAGCGAGGGCUGGCUGCUGGAAAAGAGCGUGCCAGACACCUGGAAGGCCUUUCUGGAGGGCCUGAAAAAGCUGGGCAAGAGCAACCAGGUGGAAGCCGAGGGCGCAGGUGCAGGCCAGGCCCCCGAGGCUGGCUGA